UUCCGGUGAAUUUCUCUGGAUCUCAAGAAGGUGGUCCCGAAAACUUUGGCCGUACCACUGUAUCAAACCUGCCUACCGACUCACCGUUGCUAUGGGUUCAUACGGUGUUCUCGGUACUCUACCUUUGCAUUGUGCUGGUAUUCAUGAGACACUUCACGAUGCAUCUACAACACAGAGAAGAACAUGAUAUUGUUACUCGUACACUAUUUGUAGUCGGUAUACCAUUAGAAAGAACUGACCCAGCUUUGGUCAAGCAACAUUUCCAGGAAGCUUAUCCUGAUGUAAUCGUGACUGAAAUUCAGUUUGCAUAUGAUAUCACAAAGUUGAUGAAAUUAGACAAGAAGAGACGUGAUGCAGUUUCUUGUCGUUCACUGUGUGAAAUUCAAACUCAAGUCAGUGGACUCCGCCCGACUUUAAGAGCUGAUACAUGUGGUCAAAUUGGAUGUUGUGAUCAGUGUGGUGGACCCCAUGUAGAUGCUAUAGAAUACUACACUGAAUUGGAAACUAAAUAUACUGAUGAGAGUAAUGAGGAGAGAAGAAUAGCAUACAGUAGUAACUUGGGAAUGGCAUUUGUAACUGUACAUAAUGAGAAAAUAGCUGCCAAGAUAGUACAAGACUAUAAGACUCUGAAGACAACACCACCUACAAUAUCCAGUGUUAGUACUCAACUUAAUUCUACUAGAUGGAAACUAGAUUACGCUCCAUCUCCUGAUAACAUCAAGUGGGAGAAUCUGUCUAUAUCUCCAACCCAGUGGUGGCUGAGAGUUAUACUAAUAAAUUCAAUAUUGUUUGUACUGCUCUUCUUUCUGACAACACCAGCUGUUAUCUUAGCUGGUUUAGAUGAUAUCAACUAUCAGAAGGCGUUUGAAAACUUACAUUCACCAUUUGUGUCUCAGUUCUUACCAACUCUGUUACUGUGGACGUUAGCUGCUCUCUUACCCGUGCUGGUAUAUUGGUCAAGCUCCUUUGAAGCACAUUGGACUAAGACAGAUGAAAACCACAUUGUCAUGAGAAAAACGUUUUUCUUUCUUCUCUUUAUGCUGCUUAUUUUACCAUCUCUAGGACUUACCAGUGCUCAAGCUUUUUUUGAAUGGUCUCUGAGUAAUGAAGAAUCUAUCAAAAUGCGAUGGAAUUGUAUAUUUUUACCCGACAAUGGUGCAUUCUUUGUCAACUAUGUCAUCACCUGUGCAUUAGCUGGCACUGCUUUAGAAAUUAUUAGACUGCCGGAAUUGAUCUAUUAUGGGUGCAAUAUGCUAUGGACAAAGUCUGAAGCUGAGAAGAUCACCAAACGAAGGGAGUUGGCUUAUGAAUUCCAGUUUGGUAUACAGUAUGCCUGGAUGUUGUGUAUAUUUACUAUUGUAGUUGUCUAUGGUAUCACCUGUCCUCUCAUUGUACCAUUUGGUUUGCUGUAUAUGGUGUUGAAACAUAUGGUAGAUAGAUACAAUAUCUAUUUUGCUUAUGCGCCCUCUCGAAUUGAUAAAGGAAUACACAAUUCAGCUGUCAACUAUGUCAUCAUCUCGGCAGUAUUUUUGCAAUGUUCUAUACUAUUCUUCUCUGUCAUCAGACUAGGUUCUCUGGAUCCAAGGACUAUUGUAUCUGCUGUUGUACUUAUAUUAAUUUUAGGUCUGCUUAUAGCAAAGACCUGUUUCAAUCUGUGGAUGGGUUUUAUACCCCAUGCAUAUGAGGAAUUUACUAAUCUAGAAGAACCAGUAUCUCAAGAGGAGGAACCCACUAAUUUUGUACCGGGUGUACUUUACGACCGAAUUCCAAAACUGAAGAAAUUGAUGAUGGCCUUCGUCAUGGUGCUCCACCCCGCCUUGCUUAUGGUGCAACCUCCACUGCUGCCUCUGAUUAUGGGUCAUCAGACAUCUCCACAAAAGAAAAAGCCCCGCUGGCAGAGAAUAUUGAACAAUGAGAAAAAGAAACAAUAUAACAAUGCUGGUACUAAUUUCAGCAUGGCAUCAGCCAAUCGAGAUGCUGAAAUGUUUGAGUUACAGACGUGUAGACGUUCAAAAAUGUAUCAAGUUACACAAUUAGGGCGUGGUUUUGCAAAAGUGGGCGUGGUUUCUAAAAUGUUCAAUGUUUGUAACUCGAUGCCCAAAACUCAAACCAUUCAAAAUCUCUUCAGUAUCUGUUACAACCACUGAUUACUCAUAAGUGAUUGAACUUUUUAAUUAUAUCCACAAUGUUUAUGCUCAGAUGGUUUGUCUAGGAGCCACAAAUUAAGGCUAACCUAAAAUUUAACAGGUUUAACAGAUGGAGUAAGUAUCAGUUUUCAAAAAAACAUCAAAUAUAAUUUUAAAAAAAUAUCAAAGACAUGUAUUAUAAGUACAAUGUAAUGCUUUUCUCAAUACUAUAAUCAAUGGAAAUUAAAUUUGUAGUGGGCUUCUGCAAAUUAAUAAAGAAGUAUUUUGCGCAAUAUGACGCAUAAAAUAAUACCCAUAAUCCUUUAUUCAAUGUGGCUGUUUAAAAUAUUACCCAUAAUCCUGGCUCAGUAUUCAAUAUGGCUGCAUCAAGUAAUACCCAUAAUUUUUUGUUUAAUAUUCAAUAUGGCUGUAUAGAAUAAUACCCAUAAUCCUUUGCUUGAUACUCAAUAUGGCCACAUGAAAUGAAACUCGCAUUCCUUUGCUCAGUAUUCAAUAUGGCCGCAUAAAUGAAACCCAUAAUUAAUCAAUCAAUUAAAUAUAUAUAGCGCCAGUAUGCAUAACAUAAAAGAUGUUAUAGCUAAGCCACACUAAAUGCAUUUGAGACUAAGUAAGUCUAUAGUUUGUCUUAAUCCUUCGCUCAAUGUUUCAAUAUGGCUGCAUGAAAAUUACAUUUCUUUGCAUGGUGUAAAAUUUUAAAACAAAGCAAUAGUAACUGAUUUGAUAUUUGAGAAUAGAAGUAUGUUUGUAUAUUUGGAAGUAUUUUAAAUUGUGUGAUGUGUAUUACUUAACUUGUAUUUUACUAUACACCAUCACAGAGACAGAAACAAAUCAGAACAUAAAUUUUGGAAGCAUGCAGAAUUACGUAAGAAUUUUCCACCCAUAUCUGUCAGUGAAAUUUACUCUUAAUAAAAAAUAUGCUACUAGCACAUACUGGCAUCUAUGUUCAAUUCAGCAGGACUGAGAAAUUUACUGCAGAACAGCUGUAUGGUGAUUGCUGAAUACCGUUGACAGUCUUGCUGUGACUUGUUUCCAACUUGUAAAAUAUAAUUGUUUACGUGAAGAAUUUGAAAGCUUCCCUAUAAUAUAGGCUACUUUAUAUCUGUGUGAUUGUGUUUUGUGUAUAGAAAAGUGAUAUAUUUAUGGAGUGACCGCGACAAAUGAACUGAGUCUGUGGAAAUUAGAGAUAUGUACAUAUAUACAGUAAUUAUAUAUAGAAAUAUACAAGAGUUUAUUUAUUCCUGAAGACUUGUGUUUUGUGAUAUUAUUUUGUAUGUUUUUAUUACAUGUUGAUUAUUUGAAACUUAUCUUUUUAACAGCGGUAUACUGUUCCCAUUUGAGAAGCACAGAAGAAAGUCAUUACUAUUAACACGUUUAUUUGUUUUUAUGUCUAUGCAAUGUGUACGCCCACAACAAUAAUCUCAUUCAUUAACAUGCUGUCCCACAUUUUUACACGAUUCUUUGUAUCAAAAAACUUGAAUCAACAUUAUUUGUUGUCAAAUAUCAACUAUGUGUUUGUCAUAUUCAACUCAGUUGUUUGAUUUAAUCUGUGUACCGCAUUGUACCUCCUUACAUAUGUUCGGCAGAUUAACU